GAAAAGCUUCCGGUUCCGGUCCACUCGUCUGUAUGGUUCAGUUAAGUCUGUUGUUUGUGGGAUUCAAACCUUCUGGACAUCAGAGACUGUCACGCGCUCCGUGUUUCCCGUGCAGCGCGCAGAGAUGUCGUCUGGACUCCUGGAGCCUCCUGCAGGAGGAGAACCGCUGUGUGUCUUCCUGCUGAGAGACCAAGGAGAGACCAAGGAGAGGAGGAGGGAGGUGGGCUGUCAGUGGGAGAGUCCGGAGGAGGACCGGAGGGAGGUGGGCUGUCAGAGCGACCUGGCAGAGAGGAGGGAUGCUGCGGUCCAGGUGGACCUGACUCAGCAGCUCAGCUGGAGACACACAGGUUCGUCUGCAAUGCUGCUGCAGUGUUUUGCAGUCAGACCUGAUGGACCAGACGGUGGCGCUCUGCUGCAGCACUGCACCACCAACCGAACCAGAACCAGAACCAGAACUAGAUCCAGAACCAGACCCAUCAAACUCACCCAGUCCAGGUCCAGGACCCAGAGGAGGCCGCCACCACAGACGUCUAACGCCGUCAUACAAGGUCCAUCUCAACGACACUACCGCCGUUUGUCACCUGUUAUUGACAUCCAACAGGAAGAGCAGGAGGAGCAGGAGGAGCAGGAGGAGGAGGAGGAAGAGCAGGAGGAAGAGGAGGAGGAGGAGGACACAGGUGAUCCCACCUGGACUCCACCUGAGGGAGCUGUGAACCCUCGCCCGUCUGCCUCGGCUCUGGAGGAGAUCCAGCUGGACUCAGACUCCCAGCAUGCACCUCUCUGCGCAGUGAAGCUGGAGCUCGACAGCACCGUGUGUGACAUUUGCGGUAAAGUGAUGAAGAACAAGUCGAGUCUGGCCCGACACUCCUUCAUCCACACGGGGAAGAAGCCGUUCGCCUGCCACCUGUGUGACCUCCGCUUCAACCGCCGCGACAACCUGCAGCACCACCUGACGCGGCUGCACCCGAACGGCGUGGCCAAGCUGGAGAAGCAGCGCGAGGUGCCGGCCUGGCUGUGCGCGGUCUGCGGCAAAACCUUCAGCUGCAGGUCCAGGCUGAAGACGCACGAGGUCAUCCACUCGGGGGUCAAACCUCACCGCUGUGACCUCUGUUCCAAAGCCUACAUGAGGACCAACGACCUCGAGCACCACAAGAAGAUCGCCCACGUCCACGGCGCCGGCGAGCCGCACCAGCCGAGCUCGCUGCUCUGCGACCUCUGCGGCAAAGAGUUCAAAUGCCGCUCGCAGCUGGCGGUCCACUUCCAGACGCACACCGGAGAGCGGCCGCACCUCUGCGACAUCUGCGGACGCAAGUUCGGCCGCCAGUACCAGCUCAAACGCCACAAGAUCCUGGUGCACGCCAACCGGGCCGGCGGCGAGGAGAACCUGGCGCCGAGCUCGCCGUUCACCUGCGGUGUCUGUGGCAAGCGGCUGAAAUCCGAGGCACUGCUCGCCGCUCACUCUCGCAUCCACUCGGGCAACAAGCCUCACCGCUGCGGCAUCUGUCUGCGCGGCUUCCAGCGCGCCACCUGCCUGAAGCAGCACCACCUGCGCAUCCACCUCAGGGUCCGAGUCAGCGAAGCGGCGCACGGCGCGCGGCGCGGGAGGGGCGCGGCGCCGGCCAAGGCAUUCCCGUGCCCCGUCUGCAGCAAAGUCUUCAAGUUCAAGUCUUUGCUGGCGAGUCACUCGCUGAUCCACAGCGAGAGCCGGCCGUACGACUGCGACUUCUGCAGCCGCAGCUUCCGGCGCCUCAGCCACCUGAAGCGGCAUCGCGAGGUCGUGCACGCCAACGGGGCGCGCUCGCCGCAGACCUUCGUCUGCCACAUCUGUGGCAAAGACAAGAAGUGCCGCUCGCAGCUCGCCAGGCACGUCAUCAUCCACACCGGCGAGCGGCCGUUCGCCUGCGAGCUCUGCGCCGCGCGGUUCAACCGCCGCGGGAACCUGCAGCAGCACAUGAGGCGCAUGCACGGCGUGGGGGCGUCGCCCACAGAGGAAGCCCCGCCCAUUCUGUUUGACGACGACACGGAGCCCGCUCUCACUUACAAACAGGAAGAGACUGUGGUGGAGGUCGUUACUGAACUCGGUCCUCCUGACCUUUGACCCUUUCAGUUGGUUCUGUGUGCUUCGUCUACAGAACCUCCUAGUACCUCGUAGAUCCUCCUGACGGACCUGAGGUUCUGCUGUUUGUCUUCAAGAUCAAUUCUGUUCUGUCUCUUUAAUAAAGAUUUGAUUGACCAGAGAUCAAUAAUCAAUAUU